CGAAUAAUUAAGGCCCCUCACGGCUCAUCACCCCUUUGACAUAUCUUACCUCAAAACCAACAACAUAACAUUCUUUAGCCAAUAAUUUGGAAAGUCUUUGAAACUGACCAAACAUGUUUCCUUUACAACCAAGCAAUGAACUGUCGAUCCCGUUAUCUAAUACUAUCCACCACCAACAAAAUCACAAAAUCUCCCAAGAUCUCAUUCCUCAUGAUUAUGAUUCUCUUCUUCUUGAUUUUUCUCAUAAAAAGUUAUCUACUACAACCCUUCCACCAAGGAAAUUAUCUCAUACAAAUAAUCUCAUUAAUUCUAACAAAGAGAAGAUGGUUCAUAGACAAAUUGAGAAACAAAGGAGACAAGAAAUGGCCACUCUUCAUGCUUCUCUUAGAUCCCUUCUCCCUCUUCAAUUCAUCAAGGGAAAACGUUCUUUAUCUGAUCAAAUGAAUGAAGCUGUGAAUUACAUAAAUCACUUAAAGAAGAAUAUAAAAGAACUUGGUGAUAAAAGGGAUGAAAUGAAAAAGAUCUCUAAUAUUCCAAAUUUCAAAAGAAGCUAUGCAUCUUGUAAUUUCACUAUACACAAGAAUAAUGGAAGUGUUGGAAUUGAAAUUACUAGUAGUGGAUUUAGGGAAGAAGGGGUCCCACUUUAUAAAUUGAUGGAACAAUUUCUGAAAGAGGGAUUUGAAGUUGUUAGUUGUUUUUCAAUUCAAGUCAAUGGAAGAUUACUCCACAGUUUGCAGUGUGAGAUUAAUUGAUAUGAUUCACAGGCUAACAAUUCUGACAGUGUAGAUCUAUCUGAGCUAAGAAGGAAAUUUUCAAAUAUGAAUCCAUCAUUUAGUUGUUCUGAUUAAUUAAUGAUAUAUUUAUAUUUUCCAAUAUUAUGAGUUUGCUUGUAUUGUGUGAAAUGUAAAAAUAUUGAAUCCCUCUGAAGUCUGAUCUGUCUUUGGUUUAGAACCUUCUGCAUCUGUCUUUAGCUUUUGAAAUUUAUAGAUGAGCAUUUUUAUUUAUUUAUUUCUCAAAAUUGCGAAGUUUAGCAUGAGAAAUCUGUUAUUGGUUUUAUA